CGGACGAGCCGGCGGCCAGUUUAAUCUCAGCAGCCGGUGCCUUAGGGGACCGGGACAGGUCUCACUGGGUGGGACCUCCUGGCCUUUGGGGGGCUCCGGACUUCCUGGAACUUUUUGUGUCAGUGCUCAGAGUUCGGACAAAGCGAACGUCAAGUUCUCCGAGCGAGUUCUCGGAAGUGCGAGGUGCGGAGUUGCGGAAGGGGCGGCGGUCGUCCGCGCUCUCGGGGUCUCCCGGAGCCUCCCCCCCCCCCCGCCGCCCCGUGCGUCUUCUGCCUUUGUGUUGCCGUGCCCCUUCCUCGGGCGGGGAGGCACACAGUUGCAGAAAGUGACUUCUGUGUGUUCCUCGGGUCCUAUUUGGAGGGAUCAAGGACCGCGAGGUAAAGUGAACAGUAAGGGGCCUGGCUUGCCUUUCCCCGGCCCACUCGUGGAUACUGGUGCCCUUGAACCCGCUCUAAUCUUUGGGCGGGACCCGGGCGUUCAGGACUCGUUUCCAAAGGCGCUGCGGCGGCGCGAGCCAUGGAUCGCAUUGCUGCGCUGGGCUGCACGAGGGUGCGGUGGGCGCUGCUGGGAACGCGGGUAGCCGGCUUGGGCCUCGGUCCGCACGGGGCCAGAGCCAAGGCUUCGAUGCCCAAUGCCCUCCCGGCGGCCGCCGCAGCCGAGGCUCCCGGAACCCGGCCUGGCGACCAGAGGCUGCGGAGCCCGGAGGAGCUUUCAGGACCAGGGCCACUGCGCUUCUUCUUCCACCUGUUAGGGCAAGGCUACGUUCUGCACAUGCAUCAGCUCCAGAUGCUGUACAAGGCCAAGUACGGUCCGAUGUGGAUGACCCGUGCAGGAUCUCAGAGCCAUGUGAACCUGGCCAGCGCCCCGCUCCUGGAGCAAGUGAUGCGGCAAGAGGGCAAGUACCCGUUACGGAACGACAUGGAUCUAUGGAAGGAGCACCGGGACCUGCAGGGCCUGGCGUAUGGGCCCUUCACCACGCAAGGACAUCACUGGUACCAGCUGCGCCAGGCGCUGAACCAGCGGAUGCUGAAGCCAGCUGAGGCUGCACUCUACACAGAUGCUCUGAAUGAGGUGAUUGACAGCUUCAUGGUCCGACUGAAAGAGCUGCGGGCAGAGAGUGCCUCUGGGGAUCAGGUGGCCGACACGGCUCACCAGUUCUACUACUUCGCCUUGGAAGCUAUUUGCUACAUCCUGUUUGAGAAACGUAUUGGCUGCCUGGAGCGCUCCAUCCCCCAGGACACCGCGACCUUCGUCAGAUCUGUCGGGCUCAUGUUCCAGAACUCCCUCUACGCCACCUUCCUCCCCAAGUGGACCCGUCCCUUGCUGCCCUUCUGGAAGAGAUACCUGGAUGGCUGGGACGUCAUCUUCUCUUUCGGGAAGAAGCUCAUUGAUCAGAAACUCAAUGAGAUAGAGGCCCAACUGCAGACAAAAGGGCCAGAUGGGGUCCAGAUAUCUGGCUACCUGCACUUCCUGCUGAGCAGCGGACAGCUCAGUCCUCACGACGCCAUGGGCAGCCUCCCUGAGCUGCUCAUGGCUGGAGUAGACACGACGUCCAACACGCUGACGUGGGCCCUGUACCACCUUUCAAGGAGCCCAGAGAUCCAGGCGGCCUUGCAUGAGGAAGUGGUGGGCGUGGUGCCAGCGGGGCAGGUGCCCCGGCACAAGGACUUUGCCCACAUGCCCCUACUCAAAGCUGUGCUUAAGGAGACCCUGCGCCUCUACCCUGUGGUCCCCAUAAACUCCCGGGUAAUCAUGGAAAAAGAGAUUGAAGUUGGUGGCUUCCUCUUCCCCAAGAACACCCAGUUCGUGUUCUGCCACUAUGUGGUGUCCCGGGACCCUAGCAUCUUCCCUGAGCCGGAGAGCUUCCACCCCCAUCGCUGGCUGAAGAAGAGUCAGCCUGACACCCUCGGGGUCCAACACCCAUUUGGCUCUGUGCCCUUCGGCUACGGGGUCCGGGCUUGCCUGGGCCGCAGGGUCGCGGAGCUGGAGAUGCAGCUGCUGCUGGCAAGGCUGAUGCAGCAGUACGAGGUAGUCCUGGCUCCUGAGACAGGGGAGGUGAAGAGUGUGGCCCGCAUCGUCCUGGUUCCUAAUAAGAAGGUGGGCCUGCGUUUCCUGGAGAGGCACAGCUGAGUGGGGCCCCUGCCACCCUGGGGCUCCCCCUAGAGGCCCUGGCCCUGGCUGUCUGGGAUGAGGGGGAAGGGGACUGCCGGAGACCAAAGGUUGGAGACACUCAGUGCGCUUCCCACAGAACUAUGUGCUUUUGCUACUUUUAUCAUUUUGCGCAUCUCCCUUCUAGAUAAAAGGCCACACCCUUGUCACAUUGCUAUCCUUUGGAAAGCAGAAUAAAGGGAGUUUUGUGGUCAUUGGA